GGGCGGGCAUCGGGGGCUGCGCGGGGGCCCGCGCGGGCAAGGAGGGCACCGGGCUGGGAGGGCUGCAGCGACGGGCGUGAUGGGUCCUCGCCGCCGGCUUCGCUGAGACUCGCUCGCGUGGGCUGUCCCCGGCGGGCCCGCAGGGCCGCGGCGGCAUGAAGGGCUCUCUGGGGAGCCCUGUGGCCGCGGCCGCCGUGAUGCAGGAAAGUUUCGGCUGCGUCGUGGCCAACCGCUUCCACCAGCUGCUGGACGACGAGUCAGACCCGUUCGACAUCCUGCGCGAGGCCGAGCGCCGGCGCCAGCAGCAGCUGCAGCGCAAGAGGCGGGACGAGGCGGCGGCGGCGGCGGCGGCCGGGGCGGGCCACCGCGGCGGCAGGAGCCCGGCCGGGGCCUCGGGCCACCGACCCGGCGCGGCCAGCGGCCGGCGGGAGUCCCAGAAGGAUCGCAAGGGCCUCCCGGCCCCCGGCGCGCAGCAGCCCGACAGCCCCGGGGGCGGCUCGCAGCCGCCCGGGACGCGCGCCCCGCCGGGCACCUGGACGCCCCCGGGCCAGAAGCGAACUCCUAGAAGAGGGGAGCAGCAAGGAUGGAAUGAUAGCCGGGGGACAGAGGUGACACUGGAUAGAGCCGAGCGGAGAUCCUACAGGGAAUAUCAACCUUAUGAGACCGAGAGGCAGGCGGACUUCACAGCUGAGAAGGUCACAGAAGAAAAACCAGCUGACAGAUGUGAUCGAGACAGACCCCUGAGAGGACGUGGAGGCCCAAGAGGGGGCCUGCGGAGCAGAGGCCGCGGUGGUCCCGGGAACAGAGCUUUGGAUCGUUUUGACCAAAGAGGAAAACGGGAAUUUGAGAGAUAUGGUGGGAGUGAUAAAAGAGCAAUCAGAACUGAAGACAACAUGGGUGGAUGUGGAGUUCGCACCUGGGGAUCCGGUAAAGAUACCAGUGACGUGGAGCCAGCUGCGCCUAUGGAGGAGCCCCCGGUGGUGGAGUCCCCGGACGCCCUGGAGGAGGGGUCUCCAGCCAAAGUUCCUGAGUUGGAGGUAGAAGAAGAAACUCAAGUUCAAGAGAUGACCCUAGAUGAGUGGAAAACUCUGCAAGAACAGACCAGACCGAAGCCUGAAUUUAACAUCCGGAAACCUGAGUCCACGGUCCCUUCCAAAGCAGUGGUGAUACACAAGUCCCGAUAUAGAGAUGAUAUAGUAAAGGAUGACUGUGAGGAUGAUGCCCAUGUGUUCCGGAAGGCGGCCAAUGACAUCACAUCCCAGCUGGAGAUUAACUUUGGCAACCUCCCUCGUCCGGGGCGCGGAGCCAGAGGUGGCACACGGGGAGGCCGGGGAAGGAUCAGAAGGACAGAGAACUGUGGACCCAGAGCAGACGUGGUGACACAAGACGUUGCUCCAAACCCGGAUGACCCUGAAGACUUUCCUGCUCUGGCGUGACGCUCCCAGCACCGGGAAGAGACUUCUUGCUUGGGGAAGAGACUCAGAACAAUAGAUACUGCUUUUCCCCCUUUGGUGUGAAUUCAUUGCACUUUUGGGGGGAUGGGUGGGUGGUGUGGGUAGGGAUUUUCCAGGUCCAGAGCUCUGUUCCAGUCGGGUUAGUCUGGCACUCCCACGGAGGAGGAGCGCGGGAUUAUAUUUUUAUUUAAGGACUUACAGGUGAAACAGUGUUCAGACUGUGCACAGAGAGACUGUCCGUGGAGGGCCUCUCCGUCUACUGAGGCGGCGUAGAGACGGGGGAAGCACGCACCGCCGUCAGUCAGGCCGCCGCGUGCAGAGCCCGGAACGGGCCUGCGGUUGACUUGCCGUUGACUAAAUGUUCCUCUCCCGGGA